CCCUGUGUUUUCUUCGUGCAGAAUUACCCCCUACAGACCAGGAUUCGCAUGUCUGCUGUGAUAGGGAUGUGGCUGUGCUGGAGUUACACGAAACGGUUGUGCAGAUUAACCGUGAUGAACGUAGAGUUUGCGUCUCCUGGCCGGGCGAAGGGGUCAGGGAUCAGCAACGCAGGAUAUAAGGAUGCUCAAGAGUCUUUUGCUUGAAAGUCGAUCAGCGCGAAGAAACGUGUUUCAAAGCCGUGUGCGCCAAAACAGUUUGAUUUUGGUUGUUUUGUUUUUCUUUCUUUUAGCUGUCCCUGAGCGAUCUCAUGUGGUGGAAAUAGAGGAGGGGGAAGGGGACUUGGCAGGGCUGAAAACGCCAGACUGGGUUUCUGUCCACCCGCACUUAACACAAACGGCCAUUGCUUCUUUUUUGCACACAGAACACAGGGAUAAUGGGAGAGUAACGCCACAGGGACGCAUCUGGGAAACAUCCAACAAGCAACGAAAUUAUACAGGAAUCCGUUGAAACGGGCGGAUAGUGGCAC